CACUCAUCUACAAGGAAGGGGAUGGCGUGGAGGAUUUAUUGCUUCAUCUCUUGAGCAGUUCUUAAUUUUGGAUAUGUUUAAAUGGUUAAAGUUAAUGAGAUCACUAAAACUGUUACCCAAGAUCAACGACCAAGAUUGGAGCAACGUCUGGUUGCAAAAGUUUGAUGGCAACGUCACCAUUUUGUUGAAUCAUUAUGUUAGCCUAAAUCGCAUCUUAGCGAUUGGCUGUAUACAAUAGCAGAUCCAAGUGAAGAACGGCUUAGAAAGUUAAUGAACAGCGGACAGCUACGCACUUGGCCCAAAGUUUCCAUGAUUUCCAAUCGCAUGCGUAUCGAAUCUGCUAUUGAAAAAGUCCGUAAAUCACUUCGAUCGAGCAGCCGUCGAGAGGACAGAAAUAGGAAGCAACAACAUAAUACAGCAGAUGUGCUUAACAACAAAUUGAAUGUCGCUCUCUCGGACGAAUAUGGUAAUAGUAACAAUAGUGACGCAGGCAGCGGGGAUGAACUCAUGUUUAUGGCAAGACGCCGCUUGAGUAUGCCAAAUGGAUCUUUGUCAUCACAUCAAUCUUCUGAUCAGCUUCCUAACUCGAUUACUGAUAAGGAAUUGUUGCAUGAACAAAAGAAACGACGCAGAUUCAUGGCCCAAUUUUCGCAAUCUCCGCAAAGAGAUCUCGUAGAUAAAACAAGCAACAAUAGCAGCAGUCAUACUCUUCUCAGUAGUGGAUCUACUGCACGAAGAGCAAGUAUGAGCAACGGGAAAAGUCAACCUCCAACUGCAACACCGGCUAUCAUUGUGUCUGGCGGCUCUGCUUUCACGGCGAGCGAUGCUUAUCUGUCAAGCGACAGCAGCAGUAGUUUUGAACCUGGCGACGAUGAUGAUGCACUAUAUGAUUGCACGUAACGGUAGACAGUUAGUCUAAAUUCGAGCAAAGCACGCAAUAUUGGCUAGAAUGGUUGAUCUACACUACAGCUUUUUGA